CUAUUGUUUUCUUAAUAGAAGAACAUCUUUCCAUCAAACACAAAUAGCACCAACCAAGGUAAAAUGGCUACAGCCGAUGCAGUCACCGUGCUUAACCAUUCUUUAGUGUCACCACCGUCGUCUGCGGCGGCCACUGAAAUGUCUCUUCCUUUAACAUUCCUUGAUAUGCCGUGGUUGCACUUUUCCCCCAUCCAACGCCUCGUCCUUUAUGAGGUACCUCAGCUCUCUAGAGCCCAUUUCAUCGAGCACAUCAUUCCUAAGCUUGAACAUUCACUCUCCUUGACACUCCAACAUUUUCUUCCCCUAGCCGGGAAUUUGAUAGUUCCUUCCAAUUCAAAUUCUGGCACGCCCGAAAUUCGUUACAAAAAUGGAAGUUCACUAGCACUAAUCAUUGCCGAGUGUACCACGACUGAUUUCAAUUAUCUUACAGCAAACUAUGCACGGAAUUGUCGUGAUUUUCAUCCUUUGAUUCCUGAAUUGAAACCAUCUACUGAGGAUGAUUCCGGAUCCACAGCCAGGAUUACCCCUGUUCUUGCUCUUCAGGUUACAUUAUUUCCAGACUGUGGAAUGUCUAUUGGAAUCUCAAAUCACCACACUGUCGGAGAUGCCGGCAGCAUUUUCGGAUUUAUGAAGACGUGGGCUGCUUUGAGCACCAAAUUUUUUGAAGAUAAUAUCGACAGAGAUGAUGCUGCGGCAACUCUAGUAAGUUAUUCUCCACCAUGUUACGAUAGGACUAUGAUCAAAGACACAAAGGGACUUGGCUCAAUUUUUUGGGAUCAAGGGGUCCUCCUCAUAAAGCUUUUUCAAAAUGAGAGUUCUACUGAUACUACAGCAAAACCUAUGACCAAAAAAGUUCGCAGAUCUUUUGUUAUUAGCAGAAACAAUAUUGAAAAACUCAAGAGCUUAGCCCUGCAAAAACGGCCACAAUUAGUUCAUUUAUCAUCAUUUACGGUAAUUUGUGCCCAUGUUUGGACUUGCUUGGUAAAAUGUCGUGGUCCAAGUGGAGAAUAUGUGGAUGAUGAAGAGGUGGAAUACUUUUGUUGCACGGCUGAUUGUCGACGACGUAUGGAUCCACCUUUGCCUUCCAACUAUUUUGGCAAUUGCCAAACAGUUAUUAGGAAAAAUGAAAAAAAUGGAAAGUUAAUUGGAGAAGAAGGAUUUCCAAUUGCAGUUGAGUCAAUCGGGGAGGGCAUUCAUCAGAGAUUGAAGAACAAUGAUUCACUCUUCGACGAUGCCGACACGUGGUUGCCGGGUAUUGCAGGUAUAAAUUUGGACAGGGUUGUUUCCGUGGCAGGCUCACCAAGGUAUAACUAUUACAAUCUGGAUUUUGGAUGGGGAAAGCCUAAAAAGUUUGAGUUCAUUUCGAUUGAAACUUCAGGGGCCAUUUCUCUUAGUGGGAGUAGAGAAUCAGAUGGAGAUAUUGAGGUUGGUUUAUCCCUUUCCAAGCCAAGAAUGGAUGCUUUUACUGCUAUUUUUAACAAUGGGCUUGAUUCUUUGUAGAAUUCUACGGUAAAAGUUAAUUUUGGGACACUUGUAUGUCGUUUCUGGUUUUUGGUUGCUAUUGUUAGUACUACCAAUUAUGAUAAUACAAUGAGAUUAAGUUAUUCACUGA